AUGGAAGAGCUUGAAGGCUGCGUCCUCUUCGCAUCGCCCAAGCAGCAGGAAACGCAACGUCUGCGCGAGCGGAACAGAAUUGCCAAGAGAGCAUCGAUACAGCCAACAGCAGCUGCGCAGGACGUGGACGUGGACUUGGCGCCGCCACAACACCCCGGUUCUGCUUCUGGGUCUGCUUCUGGGUCCGGCUCUGACUCCGCCUGUGUACGGGCCGAAGCGUCGGAAGACCUUGGCGUCUGGGCACUAGACGGCCCCCUGGAUGAUCCUACUGCCCUGCCCUGGCCCUCCUCUCUCGAUGAGGACUGGCCUGGUUUUAGUGGUUCGCUAGUGGACACGCUGGGCCCUCGUCGGCUCUCCAUCAACCCAGUACCGCCGGCAAUACCUGCAUCUUCUAGCUCACUCACUUCCGACAACAACGAUGGCUUCAACAGUAAACCGUCGAGAUUACUCCACAUCGCCGCUCGCAAUGGAACGACCGGUAUUCUUCUCUCGCUGAUCAAAGCCGGCGCAGAUGUGAACUCGCGUGACUGCUCCGGCACAACUCCCCUACAUAUUGCCGUACGCUUUCGACGUGCAAGCGCUCUCGAGGUACUGGUGAAUCACGGAGCGAAUAUCAAUGCCCGGGACUCGGCCAAUAUGACGGCUCUUGAAGUAGCAGUGAGGGCUCAAGACGAAGAGCUCGUCAACGUUCUCCUUUCUGGUGGAGCUGAGCUUCAUUAA